AUGUGCGACUCUGUUAUCAACAACGUCCUGGAAUACGUAGAGUCAUCCGUCCUGGUAUUUCUCAGGUCUCAAAAUAUAAUGUUUACUUCUGAACAAAUUGCCUCGCUUCGCAAUUUGUUUCGAUUGGAAAAACUAUUCGAUGAGGUUAGCACUUUUCAAAAACAGUCGAGAUUUCUUGAAAAGCUAUCUGUACCGGCUCCAACCUCCAAGGAUAUUUUGCUAAGCCGCCGAGAAGAUGUUCGUCACAUCAAUUCUAUACCCAAAAAAAUUUUGGUCAAUGAAACAGCGUCUUACAUCAGUAUUAUAGACACAUUGAAGCUGAUAUUUCGUAAUCCUCAAAAUCGGCGUCUUCUUGAAAAGGAAAAUGACCAGUCGGAAAAUACCCCAUGCGUAACAGAAUACAGUACUUUCAAAUCAGGAGAGACGUUUAAAACGAAAGAUCUUUUUCGAAGUUUUCCCAAUUGCGUUCGUAUCAGUAUCUAUCAAGAUGAAGUUGAGCUCGGCAAUGCCCUGAGCUCGAGAGCAGGGAUCAACAAAGUGUCGAACUUUAGCUUCAAGAUACAAAAUUUCCCGGAUAAGUGGAACAGUUCCACAAGAACUGUUUUUCCUUUGCUGUACUGUACCACGAUUGAUGUUAAGAAGAACGGAUAUGGCAGAAUCUUGAAACCUCUCAUUACCGACCUUAAAGCGCUGGAAGAUGGAGUGGAAGUGUAUUAUGGUUCGGAAAAAUUUGUCCUAAAGGCCGUUAUGACCAUUUUCUGUGGUGACACACUGGCAGUACACGACGUGUUCGGUUAUCUUAGCCCAAGCGCGAAUUAUUUUUGCCGAAUUUGUCAAAUUUCUAGAAAUCAGUUCCAUUCAGACCCGUCAGAAGGACACGCAAUAAGAGAUAAGAAUUGGUAUACCACUAAUCUUGAAUUGGUUCAGCAAGGUUCAAUUGCUCCUAAGGAAUGUGGGCUUAAAGUUACUGGUACACCUUUCAACAGUUUACAACAUUUCCAUGUUACUGAAAAUUUCGCGCUGGAUGGAAUGCAUGACCUGGCAGAGGGUAUCGUACCGCUAACGAUCCAGUUAGUUUUGUCCUAUUAUUACAAACAAAAAGAACGAAAAAUUACUGCAAAAAUACUGAAUAAUAAGAUCAGCACCUUCUGCUAUGGAUUCAAUGACCGCUGCAACAAGCCGUCCCCCAAUUUUACCGAGGAAAUGCUUUCGCAGCCUAAAAAUCAUAAAUUGAGGCAGACUUCUGCUCAAAAUCUUCUUCUAUUGCGCGUGCUUCCGUUCCUGAUUCGUGAAUAUGUUCCAGAAGAAUGCGAAUACAUGAAGCUCAUAGGACAUCUCAUCAACAUUGUACGAAUAAUAAUGUCUCCAGUGGUUUCGGAAAAUUUGCUGUUUCAACUCGAGGAGCAUGUUGAAUUUUUUGAGCAAAUAUUUUGUUCGAAAUUUGACCGAAGAAUCAACAAACUGCAUCAUUUGAGACACUAUGUUCUGUGCAUAAGAAAAAGCGGAUCAAUGAAACAGUUCAACUGUCUGCAAUUCGAGCAAACUAAUAAAAUUGGGAAAAACCAGGCAGCCACAUGCAAAAACUUCAAAAACAUCUGCUCAAGCCUAGGUAAGAGGCAGUGCUUCCGCAUGAUCAUCAACAUUCUUGAUAAUCCUUUCUGUGAUAACAUAAAAUACAUCUCUGCUAAACUUGCAAAUCCUGAAGAAUGUCUCAGCAAUUCAUAUCUAGAUCAAAGUAAUGAGACAGUUUUGCUGCCAAAAUCGAUACUGGUCAAUGGCAUUCAACUUCGUCCAAAUCUGAUAAUUGCACUAAAGAUCCAUUCCAAUAACUUGUUUCCGUCCUAUGGAAUAAUCCGAGAGCUUGUGGUUGUAGAUGACCAAAUAUAUAUAUUGAUCCGAAAAUGUUCUACGACUUGGUACGAUGAGUACUUCCAAGCUUAUGAAGUAACUGUAACAGCUGAAGACGAAUUGCUAUCUAUAGAGGAUUGUUUCAUACAUACCACGUAUUCGUUUUGGUCUACACCCAACGAUCCGAAAAAAUACAUAUCGCGACGUUUCUAUAAUCGGGAUUACUAGAAAAAGAAGAAAUUGACGAUAUGCAGACAUUUUUGGCAUUGAAUGAACGAGACUUUAGUAGAAUGAGCUUGACAACGAAAAUGAUCAAAAUAAUCGAGAAACUACAAACGGAAUCCAGAACUGAGGCAGAUGACACCCUUUACGAAGAAUUCAUUGAAGAAGAGGCCGAUGCAACCGAUGAGAACUCUCAAAUUGAAGCAGUGAUUGAUCCAAACAACCCUUAUCAGGGCAUCAGCCUAGAGCAGGUAAGUUUUUAUCUUACUGACCUGGAAAGUCCAAUCCAAUAAAAUCCCCCUUCACAACUGCCCCAUUUACAAUUGGCCAACCAUAGUAUCUUAGAGAUUCAAAAUGAUAAUGUUUUUUGCUUCUUCUACCGUUUAUCUGUGGUGCUGUUCACUUGAUGCACAUGGAGACUUACCCCACGCGAUUUGAUUUUUCCCACUAACGUCAACAAAAUCACGACUUAUAAAACAAAAGCUUUCUGAAAUUGAUAACAAACUACUUCAACAGGUGAUUCACAUCGAUCGGAUCUUCGAGAGAACCGUUGAAGGUGCUGCCAUCCUGGAACUGUUGCGGGAAGGAACACGCGUUACGGAAACGGAUUUCAAACGCAUAAAUAAUUUGAUUUGCGAUUGUCUAAAAUCACUUUUUGGAUGGUAAGUAAUCCACUGUUUUAUUAUUAUUCAUCAAUUAACUCACUUUCAUUUUCUGAACAUAAAGCCGUCCGACCAACUUCCACAAAAAUCAACUUGCUGUCUCUCUGGUAAAAUCGUAUCCCAUCCUCGGAGCUUCGAGCACGGAAACACCACAGGUAACAUAUUGAGCCUUGUUAGUCGAUGUGCAUGCAUCAUUGAAUGAUAUUCCUUUGCAGGCAUUAUGGUUCCACGCACAUGCACGCGGAACAAAUCGUCAUGCUGGUCGUAUCCACUAUCGCAUGGAGUACUUGGCAAGGCAAUCUGGAGAACGGGUAAUCAAGCGCCGCCGGAUCGAAUCUAGUGCCCCGUCAGAGAACGUUCCACUGGUUGUUGAACCUUGCUCCGCGGAUAUCCAAACACU